CUCUGACGCGCUACCAGUUCCAGGCAGUUUUUAAGCGGUGCCUUGGGGUUGUUGGUGCCCCAGUGGCUGAAUUUGGCACACAUUCCUUUCGGAUUGGUGCGGCAACGGAGACGUCGCGUGCCGGGCUGGCCGUAGCGGACAUUCAGCGCAUUGGGAGAUGGCGCUCGGUGUGUUAUGCAGGAUAUUUUCGUCCGGAACUGCUUCUUUAAAUUUUUUUCUGUUUCAGAGUCUCCGGUGGCUUCUGUGUUCUUCCUGGGGCAUUCAUAUGUCCACCGGGCGGCCCAGAGGGCGAGUUGCCGUCCUGGCGGAAGAUCGUUGGGUGUUCCGAACAUCGAUGCCCACUGGCGUGGUAUUCCAGGCAUGCGUUGGCAGCAAAUUCUUUCAGAAGCGGUGGGCAUUGCUGGAAUGGUUCGAUCUCCGGUGAUCUUGGUCGUUCCAUGACGGUGGGAACGACCUUUGUUUUACCCGUUUUCCAGAGCUCAUCACCGUCAUGAAAGUUGAUGUGGAGAGGUUAUCUGGCUUCUUUACGGAGCUGGUUUUGGUAUGGUCUGAGAUUGUACCUAGGGUCAAGUGGCAAGGGGCCAGGGACGCUGAGGCCAUUGAGCGGUCUCGCCGCCUGGUCAAUGCCAGAAUGGCUCGUUUUGUUCGGUCCAAGGGUGGGGUGGUGGUCCGUCACCGCGAGCUGGAGGGUGACAAUCUGCGAUUCAUGAUCGCGGAUGGGGUCCACCUCAAUGAUAUUGGGCUGGACAUUUUUCUAUCGGGCCUGCAGGAUGGUCUGGAGCAGGCCCUGUUCCUGGUGAGUGGCGGUCGGAGCUCCGUGUAGGGAUACAUGGGCUCCUAGUGGCAUGGAAAUGUUAUGACCUGAGAAGAUGGAAGAUGCCGUGGGCAGUCAUGCCCGUCGGGGAUCCGACGGUUGGCACUCCUCUGCGGCUGUGGAACAGGUCAAUAUCACCGUUUUUGUUAUCUGGUUACUGCUAUGCAGUGUUGAGUUAGAGUUGCACGCUAUAGUGCGGUUUAUUACUAUUAAUAAAUUUGGAGCUGUGACCACCACCUCAGCCCACUAAAAGAGAAGCACGGUGUCUGUCGUUAUUUACUCAGCGGGGGGAGGGCAAAAGUUUGUAGAGGUAAGGUGUGUUCAAUGCAGUCACGCUGAGAUACACCGACAGUAUUGCACACGACGGGCUUAAAUACACCAGCUCGGCAGACCGUAUCACACACACGACAUGCUUAGAUACAUCCGCUCAUCAGACCGUAUCACACAGUAUAGGUUUAGAUACACCAGUGCUGCAGCAUCUCUUCAGGUUAGAUACGCUCUCUCGACAGGAGGAAAAUACGUUAAUAAAUUGGGAAAUCAGGCGGGAGAGAUGCUUACACAUUAUACCAACAGGAAAUGCUGGGACUUGUAGUUCCACGGUGUUUACCGUGCGCAGGUAUAUGUACGUAUAAUGAUUUUAUGGGGUCAAACUCCACAGCGUUGUAUGGCAAUAAGGAAGCGGCUGGGGGGUGAAGGAGCGGACGCUCUCCUCUCACUUCAUCUCUGCUCCUAUAGCCUGCGGGGUCUCCCUUUAGGUUUAACCCUUUCCUGACUCUCUCCCCCCUAUAGCCAUGUGUACGGGAGACUGUGCCAAGUUUAUUGGGGCCUCGCUGUACCCCUUCUGCGCCCUUUGUAUUAUCUGUAACCUCUUACUGCUCUUCCCAGGCUGGACCACCGAGGCCGUCCAGGACCCCCAGGAGAAGCUGACCCCCGAGGUCCUGUAUCUGGGGGGAUUCUUCGGCAGUGGGCUUCUGGUCCUCAUCCCUGCAAUAUGUAUACAGUAUACCGGUCGGCAUGGAAAACUCAACAACCGAGUUGGGAUGUUGGUCUCAAUAGUCCUGGCGGCAGUCGCGGUUUGCGGAUCCAUCUAUGGAUUUGUCACGUCCUUGUUGGGUCUUCUCCACGGCCCUCAGUGUUAUUACCAGUUCAUCAGCGGAGACCGUCGCUGGACGUCCCCCUUUAAACGAGAAUGGGAGUAUCUAGAAUUGGAGCGCAGCUACCUGUUCCACAGGGAGGUCUGGAGCCGUUGUACCAUACCGGUAGGAGUGGUUGAGUUCAAUGUCAUCUUGUUCUCCACUAUCAUGGUGGCCAGCGCGGUUCAAGUCGUCCUCUGCACCAUUCAGAUGAUUAAUGGUUUGUUAGGCUUCCUCUGUGGGACCUGCCAAAGGAGACGCGGGACAGUAUAAAUGAUGAAGCAGCAGAAGCUAAGUCUUUCGGAUCCCUACUCCCAUCGUCCUGACUUCUCGUAAUGGGAGAACCGGAGAAAAUGGUCAUCACCAGUAGAUAUUGAUGCAUGAGAAACUGGAAAUAAAAUCCAUCUCCUAUCUGUAGCCAGGGGGCGCUAUGUAUAAUACUAGUAAUAUAAUCAUUAUACUGUAUAUCCUUAUCCUCAUUAUUUUAAAAGAGUAUAUAUCGUAUUAGCUGAAAAUGUUUUAUUCAUUUGUAAAUAUAUGUAAUCUCUCAUAUU